ACUGAGACAACCUAUUUAAAUAAAGUAAAAAUAAUAAUAUGGUUACAAUAAUAAAAGAAAUGUAGUUUUUCAUCUAGAGUAACUGAAAAAUAGGUGUGUCACAACCUAAAAUACACACGGGCUGUAUUGUCCAGAAAUCUGGCAACUCUGACCUACAGCACUGAAUAUUACCUUUAAAACUUCAAGAAAAUGCAAGUUUCUAACCAAAAUUGUCCCAUUCUCAAUAAAAAAUUCAAAUUGUAAAAGCCAGAUUUGAUAUUUAAGUCCUUAAAUAAUAAAGACAGACCAUCAUAUGCAGCUGUAGCAGGGCUCACUGUGUCUGUCCUACAUUUGAGCAGUGCACGUCUUAUAAAUAAAACUGUUCUCUCAGGUAAGCCCACUCAGCGAGCAGCAGGGUCGGCGGAGCUGCGAGGAUGCUGAGAGAGAUGCUCUGAUCUUCCGGCUCUCCCCCGUGAGCGCGCUCGCGCCCGGCGGUGCAGAGAUGCGCAUGUGACGACGAAAACGGAGACGCAGAAGCCAGUUUCUCUCUUUCACACUCUGCCACCAAGACACACAGAAGAUCUCCCCCCUCAGUGGACAUUUGCACAUCGAUCAGAUCUGCAUACAUCAGGUCUGCUCGGAUUUUACCUCGCGGAGUGCCGGCUCUGGCCCAGGCUGCAGCCAUGCCUCUCCUGGAAGAGACCACUCUGCCACAAGAGCACCCACCCACUGUUCCUGUGGUCAUCAUAGGCAACGGGCCAUCGGGUAUUUGUUUGUCCUACCUGCUGAGUGGAUACAAGCCGUACUUAGACCCAGCAACUGUCCACCCAAACCCAAUACUAUACAGGAAACUACAGGACACCAAGCAUCUACCCAUUACCGAACAGGAUCUGGAAUAUCUGAGUGAAGGUCUUGAGGGGAGGUCAAGUAAUCCGGUGGCUGUGCUUUUCGACACACUCCUGCAUCCUAAUGCUGACUUUGGCUACAAAUUCCCUUCUGUCCUUCAGUGGAGGAGGGACAAGCAGCAACACAUCCCACAUCUGGUUCUGGGCAGGGGAACACCUGGGGGUGCUUGGCAUGCAAUGGAAGGCUCCAUGCUGACUAUUAGUCUUGGCAUCUGGAUGGAGCUCCCCGGGGUCAACUACAAAGACCUGACCAAUGGGAAACGCAGGGAUGUAACCAGUGACAGAGCCACACCAGAGGAGAUCUCAUCCUAUUACUGUAACUAUGUGAAGCUAAAGGGUCUUCAAAAGAACUUUGUUGACAACACCUACGUGACCUCCAUCCAGAAACUCUACCGGGGGCAUGAUGGAGAAGGUCUUGAAAACGGUCACACUCAUCAAGGAGAUGGAGGGGUGGGAGAUGGAGUGAAUGAGAGAUUUGAGGGAAAUGGAGAAGUGUGCGUAAUGAGUGGAGGAGGGGGGGCUCUGUGGGAAGUAAGGGGAUACCAGCAGGUGCAGAAUGACACUCACGUCCCUUUCUGCCUGUUUGCUGAAAAUGUAGUCCUGGCCACCGGUGCUUCCGACUCACCAGUUCGACUGGGUGUAGAGGGGGAGGACCUGCCUUUUGUGUUCCACAGUAUCUCAGACCUAGGCUUGGCAGUUAGCCAGAGGAAACUGGAUAAGAACUCCGAUCCCGUUCUAAUCGUGGGUGCUGGUUUAAGCGCUGCCGAUGUAGUUCUGUGUGCUUGCAACAGCAACAUUCGAGUGUUGCAUGUUUUUCGCAAGAGAAUCGACGACUCAGACCUCAUCUUUAAGCAGCUUCCCAAGACACUGUACCCAGAGUACCACAAAGUCUACAACAUGAUGUGCUCUCAGGCUUACACAAACGUGGCUCCCUCUUCUGCUUCUAACAGACCUCAGGCAGUUAGUAUUGCCUCUUCAGUAUGUGCCAAGAUGUGCCCAAAGCCUCAGCUUGCUGCGGGUAAUGUGGCUGGUAACGCUAGUGUUAACCUGUUUCCUGACUACACCAGUUUCCCCGAACACUGUGUGGUGUCCUUCCAGUCUGACAUGAAAUGUCUGCUGCAGGGAAACAACUCCCUCAAGGCAUUCAAGAUCUCCAUGGUCCUGGUUCUGAUUGGGACCAACCCAGACUUAUUUUUCUUGAAGGGGCAAGGCCAGUACCUGGGUCAGGAUCCAACAAGACCCAUCUCCUGCAAGCAAAAUCCAAUAGAUAUCGACCCCUACACCUUUGAGUGCACCAAGGAGCCAGGUCUGUUUGCCAUGGGCCCACUGGUGGGAGACAACUUUGUUCGCUUUUUGAAGGGUGGUGCGUUAGGCAUCGCCUCCUGUUUGCUGAAGAGACUCAAGAAGAAAGGGAAGCUCAUCAGCAACGGAGGAAACAACAUAAUGUGAAAACACGAUGAGGAUGAGUGCGACACGUUGAUCUUAGGGCACACAUUUCAAACCCUUUUACCAUGAUAUAAAAGGUGAGGAGAAACUUUUAAUAUAUUUUCUUCAUUAAUGCAGUGUUUUCUCAUCAAAGCUAAAGCAUUUUUACAACUUUUUAAGACCAAAAAGACAAUGGUUGUACUUUAAUUUGUUUCUAACGAAACAAAAGACAACUUUCAAGAGUCUUGUCUGACUUCAUGUGAAGUCUCCAUAUGUCCAAGCUACUGUGUGCCAACAUUUUCUAGUCAGUCUGUAACCUCAUAACUGAACAGGACCUUACACUCAUCAGGGUUAUUUAUUCAUUCACCAUGUGUCUUCAAUUCAUCUACUAACAAUGCUUAACUCGAUGUUGUAUCAUGCUUUAAAUUUCUUUUAGCUUAGCCUGUAGGGAAAACUAAAAAAUAAAGGACACUUGUUAAUUCCCAUCCAACUUACUGAUGUAAGUGAUGGUUUAGUGGUCCGACUUACAAAACCUACAAACUGGAAUUCAGCCACAAGUAGUGUUUGUUCUAUGACGCUGUAACCCAACAGUUUCAUGGCUACAGUCACACUAGGGAAAAUAGAAAUGUAUUGCAACUAUCUGCAAUGAUCUUGCAAUUGUGUUGCCUUUGAGGUGGUUGCUUUGAAAAUGGGGACCAGGUCUGCAACUACUCGCAAUCAGUUGCUGUGUUCAAAGCAACUUUGUGAGUGACCGAGCCAAUCUGGGAUCAGUUUGGGUCAAGAAGGAAAUUAUGCACAAUUUGUUUGUGAUAAUACAGAGAUAAACUGUGAAAAAUCAGUGAAAGUCUCAAAUCUGUUGCCACAAAAAUAUUUAUUCUGAUUCUGGAUGGUGGUGCCAUUUCUGUUGGGGCUUUGGAGGUGUCGGCAUCAUAUCAGGGCUCUCCAAAUUAUCCAAAGCAGGGUGUGAAUUUUUAUUAUCUAUUACACCUGUCAAUGUAAUUUAGUGAUUUCAGAACUUAAAACGCCACAUGGCAACCUGUGCAGUCCCCUUGCUAGAAGUUUAGUAUGUUCAACGAGCAGCCUCUGGGUCUCCACUUGGUUGCUGACAGAAAAUAAAAUAAACCCAAUCACCAGUAACCACAGAUAUUUCCUUGUUGGAAUGAGGUUGCCAUCAUAUUUUUACUCUAGUGUGACUGAGACUUUAGAAGUCCUAAUGUUCCUGAUUGUUGAGCCUGAAACGGGAGUUUCUGCUUUUAGCUGCUAUUGCAGGUAGUUGGAACUAUAGUCUGAUAAAUUUGACCUGUUGCUUCAGUUAUACUGCUACUCCAAGGUUUUCUAUGCAAAUAAUUUAAAGUAGAUCUGAAUGUAUCCUUGCACACCCACUGCUAAUUUUACUGUUUGGACUCAAAUAUCAUGGCAAAACGUAGGUUUAUUAAAAGCUCACUCUGGUGUUUCACAUUUUUCUCCUUUUUAAGUAUUUGUCAAAGUCAGUGUGUGAAACACCUCAGCCAAACACUAACGUUUUUAUUUUUGUUUAGAUGUGCACUCUGAAGAACAUAUUUUUAGUCCCUAUCUUAUUAUCUUAUAUUAUUUAAGAAAAAUGCAUUGAAUAGGACAAAAAUAAGAAACACCAGUAUGAGUCUUUAACCUUACCCUUGAAAAUAAAUGCCAAUUAUAUAUUAAUUCAAAUCUCGCUAAAAGAGUAAUGAGUCUCGCCUUGAUAAUAUAUUUAUUCAAAUACCAGAAUUCCAACACUUACUGCACUUUUUAAAAAUAAAUCUCGGCAGAAUAAACACUAGCUUAUCUUAAUCUAAACCCGUAUGGAGCUAAAGAGCUUUAAAAGUACAGAAUACACACUAUUACAGUUAUACCAUCCAGUAUUUUUUUAUCCAUUUGCAUUCGUGUAAUUUGAUGAUGACGUUUUAAAGGGCUAAAAAGCCCGCUCCAUAAUCUCAUAUCA